UUAAACGCAGAUACCGAAGAGGAGUGUUGACUGACGGAUGCCCUCGUGGACAGAGGAGACGGAGCUGGAUGGGUCUAAAGUUACAACUCCUCUGCUUGAGUUUUAGCAGUCAUCGCUGUCGCUGUUUUCCUUGUUGUUCCUCUUCUGUUUUUGUUUGCGGGCUCAAACGAGGACCCGCGUCUGAACAGCACCAAUGUUCUGGCAAUGUGACUGAUUGAUCCAGUAGAUGAACAGUAAAGAUUAAGAGGAUGACAAAUAAGCAUGCUGCUUACACAGCGCUUGGGGCUAAUCCUCCCCCAACCCCCCCUCUGGGCUCCCUUUUGAGGAGCUGCCACCGAGGAGCACCCACAGACAGUAGUGACGGACCCCGACGGCCGGUGGGAGGACACACAACCUGUUGACGUGCAACAAGUGCGAGCUUCAUGGCAGGACCCCAGCCCAUCUGCAUCACCACACAGUAGAGGCUCCGCAGGGGACUCAACCUGCCAUCUGCACACUGAGAGCAACUAGAGGCCCACAUUUGUUCACUUUACGAGUGUUUUCCUGCAACAAACUGAAAAGGAACUUGAACUUUUUGUGUUUUUUUGGACGUUGUUAUCUUGAAAUUUUCUGAAGCGCCAGAGAGGAGGACAAACACUUUACAGCAAAGCUUCUUGUCUCAGUAUCAGUCAAGGAGAUAUUUUUUUUUAGCGAGAAAUGAUGGAAGAUCACCUAUCGAAGAUCUCCAUGAUGCCGUCCUCUUCGCCCACUGAAUCGUCCGGGAGCGGCGGGACAGACGACAGCAGAGCCAAGAGUCCGGCCCCGGGCAAAGCUCUGAGCCCGGCUCUGGUCUGCAAAGUGUGCGGGGACACCAGCAGCGGGAAACACUACGGCAUCUACGCCUGCAACGGCUGCAGCGGCUUCUUCAAACGCAGCGUGAGGAGGAGGCUCAUUUACAGGUGCCAGGCCGGUACAGGCAUGUGUCCAGUGGACAAAGCUCAUCGUAACCAGUGCCAGGCAUGUCGGCUGAAGAAGUGCCUGCAGGCGGGCAUGAAUAAAGAUGCGGUGCAGAACGAGCGGCAGCCCCGCAGCACAGCUCAGGUCCGUCUGGACUCCAUCGACGUGGACCCAGAGAAGGAGCACCUGGCCACCACACGGGAGCCCACCUCCUCCUCCUCUUCUUCUUCCUCCUCCUCUUCUUCCUCCUCCUCGGGCGGCUCUGUCAUCACGUGGCCUCACAUCACCUCGUCCAUGUCUAUCACCUCAUCUGUCGCCACCCAGCGUUGCGUCAGUCCGCAGAAUAACCACCGCUUCAUGGCCAGCCUCAUGACGGCCGAGACCUGCGCCAAGCUGGAGCCCGAGGACGUUGACGAGAACAUCGACGUGACCAGCAACGAACCAGAGCGAGCGUCCUCGGAGUACCACAUGGCUCUGUAUCCGUCCAGCUCCGAAAACGUGUACGAGACCUCGGCGAGGCUCCUCUUCAUGUCGGUGAAGUGGGCCAAGAACCUGCCAGUGUUUUCAAACCUGCCCUUCAGAGACCAGGUGAUCCUGCUGGAGGAGGCGUGGAGCGAGCUCUUCCUGCUCUGCGCCAUCCAGUGGUCUCUGCCGCUGGACAGCUGCCCGCUGCUCUCUCUGCCGGACCUCUGCCCCGGCAUGCAGGGAAAAACCAGCUACACCAGCCUGGACCUGCGCCUCCUGCAGGAAGUCUUCAGCCGCUUCAAGGCCCUCGCCGUCGACCCCACCGAGUUCGCCUGCCUCAAGGCCAUCGUGCUCUUCAAGCCAGAGACUCGCGGUCUGAAAGAUCCAGAACAGGUGGAGAACCUGCAGGAUCAGUCUCACGUGAUGCUGGGACAACACAUACGCUCGCACUAUCCCAGUCAACCAGCCAGGUUUGGAAAGCUGCUUCUUCUUCUUCCCUCCUUGCGUUUCGUGAACUCGGAGCGGAUAGAGCUGCUGUUCUUCCACCGGACCAUCGGAAACACUCCCAUGGAGAAGCUGCUGUGUGACAUGUUCAAAAACUAAAACCGUUACCCAGAAACCCAUGCAGUCAUCCACGACCUCCCGGUUUGGAGGAAUGAUAAUCGACAGAUAUUUGCUUUGUAUUCUGUAUACAUAUCAGAGAUUCUGCAUGCUGUUAUUUUUUUAAAAAGGCCACUUUAUUAUUUGUUUGUUGUUUCCACGUCGGGUCAUUCUGAAAAAUGACAAUGCAAUUCAGUUCUUGUCAUGAUGCUUGCUGUCUAUUUGUAUCAUAUUUAGACUUUGAUUUGUGUCUGAAGUGACCCACGAUCACAUUUUGUCCUCUAGUGUUUCUCUGUUUUUGUCUUUUUGUGAAAAUUACAAUGCAGAUCUUUAUUUGUUUGGUGAUAGAUGGACUGUAUAUUCCCUGCUGUCAUUAACGGGACUGUUGUAUUCAUGUUGUCAUGCCUUGAUAAAGUGAAAGUUGCUUCAAAA